CGUUUUAUUUAUCAACCCUUUGUUUCUCCUAUACAAUUUGCAAAAAAUGAAAAUCAUGCACAGGGAAUCCAAGCUCUCCAAAUGGUUCUCUAAUAGCGAGAAUUUCAAACUAACACUCCCUUUCCUUCGUUCAAAACCCAAAACCCAGAGCCCUUGUCCUACUCAAAAUCAAAACAGUAGCAUCGCAAAAGAUGACGAGCUUGCAAAGGUUUUUGAUCAUUUUGACACCAACAGAGACGGAAAGAUCUCGUGUGACGAGCUUCAGGCUUACUUCAUGUCGAUAGGGGAAUCCAUGUCCAAUGCAGAGGCUCAGAGUGUGAUCAACGAAUUUGAUAACGAUGGUGACAACUUAUUGGAGUUUGAAGACUUUGUGAAAUUGAUGGGGAGGGAGGGUGAUGCCAAUGAUGAUCUUAAAAGGGCUUUUGAGAUGUUUGAAGUUGAUAAAGGCUGUGGGUGCAUAACACCAAAAGGGUUGCAGAACAUGUUCAAUCGGCUAGGUGAAGCCAGAUCCUAUGAUGAGUGUGUGUCCAUGAUUGGAGUCUUUGAUCUCGACGGAAAUGGAGUCCUUGAUUUUAAUGAAUUUCUCAAGAUGAUGAUUUCAACUUAAAAUGAAUUUCUCAAGAUAUGGCCGUUUGUGUGUCCUGUCCGGUGAGUGUGUGGUGGGGAAUUAGUACUUUCUUGAGUUGAAGUUGUUUGACUUUCAUGUGUUUUGUCGUGUAAGUAAAGUCAUGUUAAGCUUCUCGUGCAAAACUAGUUCUUCUCAACAUAAUGACAUACUAUUAUAUUACUGGCGAAUACCA